UCGCUUCAAAUAGAGCAUAACCUAAACUCAACUGAAUUAACAUAGUUCAUAAUUUGAAAUUUUAAGCAUUAUUCUUGAAAAAUGACAUUGUUUACAAGAUUGUGUUACCAUUCACGUCUUUGCCUCAUUGACUGUGAUAAAUUUCAUAUAUUUCGAUCAUAUAGUUUUAAAUUUAACGAACAGAAAAAGAACAAGUAUGUUAAAUAUGCAAGAAAAGUGUUACAACAAACAAAAGGUUGUACACUAUUCGAUCCGUACAAGUUUAAAGAGUAUAUCAUUUCGCCAAAGGAAUUUCGAGAUGAAAAUAAAAUAAUAUCGGAUUUAGUAACAGCUGAGCGAAAAAUCAACCUUGGACAUCGGAAUGAUCCAAAGAUUAUAGAUGAAUUGUUGACCCCGCUGAAUAAACGUUGUGCGGACAAUUUCAAAACAUGGCCCAUCAAUGAGCAAUUGUUUGCUUUAGAUACAUGUAUGGAGAAUGGACCGGCAUUACAAAUCCUGUUUUAUAUCGGACAUAUGAAAUUGCAAUUGAGUGCCGUUGAAACUGAUAUUAUCGUCAAGUAUUUAAAAAACAAUAUUUAUCAAUUAACUUUUGACGAAGUUUCAAUGCAAUGUUCAACCCUAUUCAGAUGCGAUUGUAAAGUGGAUGAUACAAAUUUAAUGAAAUCUCUUUACUCACUAUUGAUGAAGAGUGACUUAAAGAAAUAUGAUUGCAUUGCGGUGAGUGGAAUCAUAAAAUUCUUGCGACGAUUUUCGUGUUAUGAUCAUAUCAGUGAAUUGGAAGCUCUGCAAAACAAACUCAUACGAUACAUUGAUGAAGCUGGUUAUCAAACUGGCGCACAUGUCAUUCAAUUGGGCGUCCGACAGCAGAUUUUUAACCCAAUUAUCAUCGAAAGAGUGAUUCGACGAUUUUCAAAUAACAUGAAUGAAUUACGAAUUAAAGAUGUUGAACGUGUGCUACUAUCGAUAUCAACCUGCAAUUAUCGAAGAAAAAAUGGUAUUGAACUGGAAUUUUGUAAUCUUGUACAAAAAUAUUUAUUAAAUUCACUUGAUACUAACUUCCCUGAUUCGGUUAUAAAUUGUAUUACGUAUUUGGCCAUUUUUGGCGUUGCCGAUGCCAAACUGAUUGAUUGGGCACUGAGGCGGCCCAUUGAUAACAUUGAAAAGAGUCUUCUUGUAAUUGAUUCUUAUGCCAAAAUUAAUUUGGCAACAACAUACAAUGGCCAUAAAUUAUCAGAGAAUGUGUGUGCUGAUUUGAUGAAAAAAGAAUGUGAAUCAAUGUUGAUCGGAGAGAAAUCGAAUUUAGUUGAUGACGUAAGUGAUGUACUGAAAGCGAAUGGUUUUUAUCAUAUAAUGACACGAGCAAUUCCAUAUGUGCCAUUCAAUGACCUGUUUUUUAUUUACAAUAAGAGAACACGGGAAACGGUAGACAUUCUUCAGCCAAAUGCAGAUGGGCACAUUUUGAAUGUGACAAAUAUUAUAAAAAAUGAUCCAGACUUGGAGGGAAUUGCCAUUCUUCCAUGUAUACCAUCGGAUUUCGUGCACAAAACCAAUCAAUAUACAGGUCUUAUGCAGUUUAAAUUGAAUCAAUUGGAAAUGAAUGGAUUUAAAACAAUUGUGAUCAAGAGUUUGACAUGGAAAGAAUGUAAAACUGAAGCGGCACAACGUAGACACUUGAUUUGGGAACUCUACAAACAUGGUGUUCAUUUUGUAUUAAAAAAUGUUAAUAAAUAGUAACCAAAUGUAAAUUCGUCUAUUAUGAGUGUAUUUUGUAAAUAUAAAAGCGUAUCUUUCAUUUUAGAAAUGAUGAUAAUAAUUUUGCAGAGCAAAAUUUUUUUAUCAAAAAUAUAUUCAACCAAAUUUA